GCGAGAGUCGGUGACCCGCAAAUCAUCUUCGGCUCUCUCUCUAGAUCGCCUCCUUCACCUCAUCUCAGACUGAAAAUCGCACAUUCACAGGCAAAAGGUAUACAUCAUCUCCGGCUUAUUCCGCAAUGGGAAGAAUCAAGUAAUCCUGUAAGCAGAGGAGGAGAAUAGCAUUCAAUUUUAACUCUUGUUUUUAGUUUGUUGAAUUUGAAUCUUUCGGAGAUGAAGGAUGAUAGCGCGUUGCCGAUGUCAGCUCCAACGGCGUAUUCGGCAUCAUCGGCGCUUACUUCUGUGCAUUCGAGGAAGGAGAAGGAGAACUCGUCUCUCUUCGGUCGGGGACGAUACAAGUUCUGGGCUUUGGCGGCUAUUCUUCUGCUUGCCUUCUGGUCGAUAUUCACCGGCACAGUCACUCUCCGGUGGUCCGCCGGCAAUCUAAACCGUUUCUCAGACGAAUUCGACAUUCCUCUGAACGAAGAUCUAGACGUCCUCGAAAUGGAGGAGAGAGAGAAGAUGGUAAAGCACAUGUGGGAUGUCUACACUAAUGGUCGUCGGAUCAGAUUGCCCAAGUUCUGGCAGCAGGCCUUCGAGGCGGCUUAUGAGGAGUUAACCAGCGAUGAGCCUGAAGUGCGAGAGACUGCCAUCUCCGAGAUCGCUAAAAUGUCUAUUCGCUCCAUUUAUUUUGAAGCCCCGCCUCUUCAAACGUUGGCAAUUCAGGAGUUGGCUAAAGCAAAUAGAGUUCCAGGAAAUGAUCUUAGUAAGGAGUAAUAUACUAUCGCAUAGAAUGGUCAUGGAUCACAGAAGUAUGCAUUCACGUUUAUCACGGUGUCACAGAAAACCAAUCCAGUUAUAUGCCUGCAAUCAGCUAUCUGAAACGGUAGUUUGGGGUAGGAAACUAUUCUCGGGUUCGUUUCUUUUGUAAGAGGCCAAAAGAUCAAUGUAUUUACUUAGGUUUUCAUUUUCCCCCAACUUUCUUUUUUCCCACUGUUUUCAUUUAAUUAAUUCAUUAAAUGGAAAAUAUUACUCCGUAUGUUUCAAGGUCACUUCCACUCUAAGGGCUUGUUUGCAAACUAUUAUUUUAA